AUGCCUACAGAAGUAAGCGAAGUCAACCGUCAAAAUCUUACGCUUUGCGUACCGAGGCGCUCGAGUCUGGAACCCAAGGCCUCUGCAGCGGACAACCUUUCUCGUCCUUUGGUUGUCCCUUCCUCGAUAAAUGAACUCGACGGUAGCUUACCACCUAACCACGUCAUCUUACGCGUGGAAAGGUUUGGAUUUAGCGCAAAUAACGUGACAUACGGACUGCUUGGAGAGCAUCCACAUUUCUUAUACUUUGAUUUUCAUCCCGCUCCUACCACUCAAACAACCUCAUCUAAAACUCAUGGUGUCAUUCCCGUCUGGGGUUAUGCCACCGUAGUCCGCUCGACGCAUUCAGAGAUACAAGCUGGCGAACGAGUGUUUGGAUACCUGGGAAUGUCUAGAUAUCUCGUCCUCCCAGUCGAAAGCCAUGUCAACAAGUUCAAUUUCUAUGUUCCUCGACCCCAUCUUCCAGCGGACAGGAGACCAUAUAAUCAAAUGACAAGAUGCAAUGCUGACCCACUAUACGAUGCUAAUCGUGAGGAUGAGCUCAUGAUUUUUCGCCCCCUAUUUUGGACCUCUUUCUGGUGUGAAGACUGGUUACACAAAACGGGUAUCAUAAAUACGGUACAGAAUGUCAUCAUAUCUUCUGCAUCGUCCAAAACUGCCUAUUGCUUGGCUUUUGUACUUGAUCUCCGGAGAAAGUACCAACGUGUGGCAAUACCCAAGGGUGCCAAGUGGACGAAGCAUAGUGGAAACCCCGAUAAACUCAGAAUCAUCGGAUUGACGUCCAAAAAGAAUGUGAAGUUCACUACGCGCUUAGGUCUCUAUGACGAGGUUCUCUCCUACGACGAUGUGCAGCGGCUCUCGCAACGGCCUGGCCAAUUUGCUUACGUAGACGUCGCUGGAAAUGAGGAACUGAACAAAAAGGUUUCAAAGUCACUCGAAGGACGCGUGAAUAGAUGCGUUGCCCUUGGGAUGUCCCAUCCACCAGGAAAGGACGAGGACGCCAAGUUCGGUAAUACAGCCCAAUUCGAGCAGUUCUUCAUGCCCGAGUGGCUGGUCAAGAGAAGAGAAGAGCUCAGCAUUCAAGAAAUCACCGGUCUCCAAUAUGAUGGGUGGAGUGCGUUGAUGCAGACCUGUCACCAAUGGAUCAAUAUUGAAAGAAUUUGGUGGCCAAGUGCCGCUACAUGGAUGGAUGAGGUUCCGAGUGUUUUGGAUGUUUACGAAGAAAUAGUGGGGGGUGAGGUAGGGCCGGAGAGAGGUAUUAUCAUGAGUAUGUGGACGGAGAAGGACACUAAAACAGAUUUUGCUAUGGGAGGCAAAGCCCGAGCUUUCUACUUUGCGCUCUUCCCCAACAAUCGUCAAGAUAAGAUGAUCCGAAAAGCCCCACCAUUACCGGCUCCUAGUUCCUGGUAUCCUGGUCAUAUGGCUGUAUUUACAAAAAACUUGCCUCAACUCCUUCAAAAUACACAUGUGGUCUUGGAAGCUCGAGAUGCUCGACUGCCCUUGACAUCAAUCAAUCCAAACUUCGAGAAAUUACUCAAGCAGUGGCGCUUAGAUAAAGGGUCGGGGUUUACAGGACCAGUGGAAAGGAUUGUGGUAUACAACAAAACAGACUUGGUGCCGAAUUGGGGUGUUGAGCCGUUUCAAAGGGCACUGUCACGCUAUUUUGACCAUGCAACCUACUUUACUACGGCGAAAUCAGGGAAAACCUUGGAUAUUGCGCGUGAACAUCAGAGCACUUUACCACAACUGAAUGUCCUGGUAGUUGGCAUGCCGAAUGUCGGUAAAUCGACCCUUUUGAACCACCUGAGAGGCUAUGGACUCAAAGGAGCAUCGUCUUCGGUCCUUCGCACCUCCCGGCUCCCUGGUAUGACGAGGAUGACCUCCGAUCGCUUACGAAUAUCUGCCGAUCCAUUAAUUUACUCGGUUGAUUCUCCCGGAGUCAUGGUCCCUUUUCUCGGGUAUGGCGACGUGGCUCGAGAAAAAGCCGUAAAGAUAAGUCUUAUAUUGGGUAUCAAGGAGAGUUUGUUCGAUUAUGAGCAACUGGCCGAUUAUCUGUUAUAUCGACUGAAUACCAUCGACCCAAUGCAGCCGCCAUACCCGUCCUUGCUGUCCAAUCCUACGCGGACCAGACCGGCGUUCGCGGCGACUGAGUCCAUUGACGAUUUCCUCAUAGAACUCUCCGAGAGGAUGGGAUACCUCUUAUCAGGAGGAGUACCAGAUAAGCAGCGCACCGCAAAAUGGUUUGUUGAAUGGUGGAGAAACUCGGCUGCUGGAGAAGCGAAAUUGGGUGGCACCAAGGAAUGGGGAUGGGGUCUUGAUUGCCAAUGGGAGGGGAAUACUGAUCUGCCCAUGAUAAUAGACUCAGAGGUUGUGACAACAACCGAAGGAGAGAAGAAAAGCGACACGCCUUCACCACUUCUCACUACCUAUAAAAACAGCCCUUCACCCUUGGACUUGGAGAAGCGAUUCUGUCAAGUGAUCGAAAGGUAUUUAGCCCAAGAGCCAAGUGAAACAGAAACUAUCAGCGAUACUCAGAUGAAAAAGCGUUCGCACGAGAAGGAGAUUCAAAGGAGACAACGGAAGCGCUUGGAAGCUUCCAGAAAGCGAACGGCUGCUCAGAAAUGGACGCGUCGGCGAUGA